UGUUGCCGGCUUUUGCUCCAAAACCCACAAGGAUGGGGUAAGUUUAUUCAAGUUUCCCAGAGAUCCCGAGCUGCAUGCGAAGUGGGUGAAGCAAGUCAGGCGCGCUCGUGACAAGUGGGAGCCCUCACCAACAUCCGUCCUGUGCUCUGAACACUUUGAUUUGGAUUGUUUUGACACCCUUCCCAGCUUAAAGGAAUCUCUUGGGUGUGCAGUUCAGCACAAACGUGUGUUGCUACCAUCAGCAGUGCCUACAGUAUUCCGGAGGGGGUCUACUAGUAGCUAUGCCGGAUCCAGCAGUCGCCUGGGACAAGGCGACUCCAACAAAGACAGUCCAACUGUCAGAACAUGUGUUGAGAAACGACAUAAGAUAAAGAGUACAUUACAGACUUUGUUGGGUAACCAUGUUGGUUGCCAAACAGACCCACCCAGCCAGUCAUCUCAGGGUACACAGCUCUCCUUGCGUACAUUAAGCCCUCAUGUUCGAAGCAAAGGUACACAAGUUUCAGGUUCUGUAAGUGUGGAGGUUGGCACGACUACCACAGACGCACCUUGGAUCACAAGUUGUCCGCUGGCAUCCCCACCAUUCAAGGCUCCGAGGCCAGCAAAAAGAUCUCAGAUUGAUGUAGAAGAGGAAGACGUGGGAGAUCUUUCCACAGGGGUCCCUGAACCACAGGCUCCCACCGAUGAUCCUGUCGAGUCCAUGACAGUUACAAUAGAGUUGUCGCAGUUUUCGAGUACUGAGGUGAUGGUGAACACGCAAUGUUUGCUGGAGCUUUUCCAGUUCUGCUGGUUUUGUCAGAGAGAGUGUUGUACUACCAUUGAGGGCAACAAGAAGCUGUCUUCAAUCACACAGGACUGCCAGAGUUGUGGCCACCACAGAGACUGGAGGAGUCAUCCUCCCACAAGUUUAUCUAGUGAUGAAGAAGCAAGCCUUUCAGAAGAAGAAGAGAAAAAGAAAAGAAAGAGGAAGUCUGAUAGUUCAGAUGAGUGGGAGCCAUGUUUAGAUGAAGAGGCCACAGACUCUGAUGUGUCCAUGGAUGAAGACCUGUUCACAGCUUUAAAGGAGGAUGGUGAGGGUGAACUUGUGGUGUGGUGUACACAAUGUGAGACCGAGGCCUCGCUUUCCUGUUCUGUCCUUCAACACAAAAAAGUAUUCUGCUGUUCUCAGUGCAGUGCAGGUGACAACGUUCAAACACAUAAUUUUGAAACCCUGCCUCUUCAGUUUGAUGAUGUUGCCAGUUUUCAGACACACGUUGAACAGGAGCACAGAGCCAAACCAUUCAAUGUACUGUGUCAGGAUUGUGGCAAGUUUGUUAGAGCAAAUAAAGAGCAUGUCUGUGAACACAAAAUCAAAUUAAUUGUCUGUUCAGACUGCGGGAAAAGGUUCCUCACUGAAGUCGGCUUAAAGACGCACUACAAUCAGCUCCAUUCGGAUUAUGAUCAUCCAUGUAAGUACUGUCUGAAGGUCUUCAAAACCAAGUCUGCAAAACUGGAACAUGAGCAGACUCAUCCUAAAGAAUCUCAUCCAUACAGCUGUCCAGAUUGUUCAGAGAAGUUUAGCAGGAUUCACGAACGCAGUAAACAUAUUAAGUCCCACCGAGGUCCACAUAAAUGUGUGUGUGAUGUCUGCAAGAAAGGCUUUAGGACUAUUACCAGGUUGAGGAGGCAUAAACUCAUCCACUCUGGUGAAAAGCCUUUCAAAUGCCAAGUGUGUGAGCAUUCCUUUAACCAGCUAGCAAACCUCACUUCCCACAUGCGUGUCCACACUGGAGAGAAACCUUUCACGUGUGAGCAAUGUGGAGAGUCAUUCAGCCACAACGUCAGUCUGAAGAACCACAAGCAACGACACCAUGACUCUGGUUUGACUCAGGAGGAAGAAAUAAUGAGUGACCGAGAGGAAGGCGAUGUAUAAAUGGUGGCAGUUCUGCAGUAAAGCUUUGGAUAAUAAUUCAUGACGAAAAAUGAUGUCUGAAGUCCUACGUCUAUAAAUGUUAUUAGAUUAGAUAAAACUUUAUUGAUCCCUUUGGGAGGGUUCCCUCAGGGAAAUAAAAAUUCCAGUAGCAUCAUUACAGGAUAAACAGAGAAUAGAAAAUAGAGAAAACUUCUAGAUAAAUUAAGUAUUUACAGAUACAAAUAUAAAAAUUUUUUUUAAAGAUAUGGAAAAAAGUCUAUUAAGAAGGAUGCAGAUAUUUACUCAGUAAACAAGCUUUAAUUUUUAAUUCACAGACCCGUUUUCAACCUUUAUAAAGCCUGCCUUGUCAAAACUGCCACGUAGUCUUCUCCUGUUAUUUGUAUCAUACGGACUCCACUGUCUCUCUUGCCGACACAAUAAAUAGAAAUUACAGAA